AGCUUAAAGUUGAGCCAUAGUUUAUGGCUUUUAAGGGGUGGUUUUGACCAUUUUUCAGAAGAAAAAAAAUAAUAAUAAUGAAGAAUCAGAUUGUAGAACCUUCCUUCACCUUCGCAAGAAAGUGCCUUCUGCAUAAACCUAAGCUUGAAGUGGGAUUUGCUACAAAUCCCUCCCAGCCAGAAGAAGCGCCAAGUCAAAAAGGAGGGUAAAGCACCGACGCCGACCCAUUUCUAAUGGAAGAAUUCAAUUAUUGCAUCCUCCUUUUAUUUAGGCUCACAUCGAGUAGGAAACUUAAAAAGAUUGUUGUUCUGAUGGAAUUUCCAAACGCCUAUAAAAAAGGUGGCAUGAGAUUGAAGCAAAACCCACACAAAAGUUGAAAUGGAGCUCCCAGAUUAGCGGCAAAUCAACUUCAAUCAGCGCCACCAAACAAAGGGUUUAUCCGGAAGUGGAGAACAUCAAAUGGUGUUACCAAACUUUGAGUGGACGUGGAGCUUAGAAUUUACUCAUAAUGUCAUAAUCUCAAGCAAAAAGGAGGGGAAGAAUCUUACAUUACAUAUGUAUUCGAGUCCUUUCUUCUCAUUUAGUAUGAAAAAAAAGGAAGUACAGAGGGCUGUUUGUUCUUGUGAGGAUGGCAUGCUUUCAGAGAGCUUCACCAGCUUUGAAGGAGAUCCUCCUUAAACUGUACAGUUUGGAAAAGCCUACUGAAAUGGAGCAUCACUUGCAUGAAUUUGGUUCUGUUCAGUACCAUAUCCAGUCUUCUGUAUCGAAUCCACAGCAGAUUUUCUUGUCAAUUGCCACUCCAUUGUUGUCGCAAGCGGUUCUUUUAUCUGAUGGGCUCUCGCCGUACACUGUCGAGAUGGUAAAACAAAUUUGCUCUCAUGCUGUUGAGAUCAUUGAACCUGCCAAAGAAGGAUACCAACUUACUCUAAGAAUCGACUCUGCAAAAAUUUUGCAUGGGGAAGAGUCAGAAAAGAUCAUUACAGACAUUGCUGCUGUCCAAGCAGUGAUCAUAAGUUCUCAGCUGAAAGAAGUGUUGAGAAAUGUUGUUAAUUCACCAGCUCAUUUUCAAGGAACUUCCAGACCCAUCAAACUUGUAUAUCAUCCAAGGGAACCAUUCUUUGUCAUCAAACAGCCCCAAAAGAUCCUCGUAAUCUACCCAAUUCGUUUCAAGGAGGAUACAGAUGUGAUCAUUGCAACAGCUUUCUUUCGGGAACUUAUGGAUGUGGGAAGCUCUGAAAAAUGGUCAAAAGCACCUCCCUGCUGUUGGUCACCGAUACCCCCUCCAGAACUGAGAGGCGAACCUUUAGAAGAAUUGAGCACCAAUGGAGGAUUUGUCACCUUUGAUAUCUCUCUGCACCACGUGGAAGGUAAAAGACUUGACAAGACUGUGUGGAGUUUGCUGAACUUUAAUGCAUAUGUUAAGUACCAUGUAAAGACAACCAGAGGUUUUAUCCAGAGAAGGAUGAGAAAGCGGUUAGAAGGGCUUGUUGAGAUCCUACAUCAGAAAACUUCAGAUGAUGCUGUACUCAACAAGGGUCGAGGCAUUAUGUAUAUGAAGAAAUUGGUAGCUAGAACUAAUCGCAUCAAACAGAAAUGUCGUAGUUUGAGUAGGAAGAUCAAGAGAAUCCGGUUUCGAAUUCGAAUCCCUGGAUUCGCACGGUUUCGUCGAAGAUGGCUGAAGUUCCCAAAGUUUUCUUCUUCGAUUCAAUACACCAGAUUAAAAUGCAGUGAUUGAAUUUAGAAUAGUGCAACAAGAUUAAAUGUUUAAAUCUCUGUGACAUCAAUAGAAUAACUUUGGAAAUAAGGUAUGUUGUUAGAUACAAGAAGUUUAGAUCAUGGAAGAGGAGUUACUUUUGCCAUGACCACAAGAUUUGUACUUUUAUUUCUACUUGCGAGGAGGCUUAGAGCUUAGUAUCUAUUAAAACAAAAAAGAAGAGUUUCACUUAAUUGUUGCCAUUGUCAAAACAUGGAGAACUUACGUUUAAGAUUGCUAUUAAUAAAAAAUUGGCUGUAAUUUUUAUUUA